CUAAACCACCCUUUCAAAAGAGGCAUCGGAAUGCGACCGACCAUCAAAAUUAGAAAUAUAUAUAUAUUAACAUUCCAUUUCGAAAUCCUAAAUGAUAACAAAUAAUGAGUGUGAGCGAUCUGGAAAAGAGCAUCUUGGUAGGAAACAUACACAGCUGUGUGACGGAGGAAAUCCUGUUUGAGUUGUUUCUGCAGGCCGGUCCAGUAGAAGAUGUGCAUAUAUUCAGAAAUGGGCAUCAGAUGCCAUACGGAGUGGUUUACUAUAAGCAUGCUGAAGCGGUUCCCUAUGCUGUUGAACUUUUGGAUGGGAUCUGGAUCUAUGGACAGCCGAUCAAGUUACAGUGUAAAUAUGGUGGACAUUAUCAGGAAAAUGACAUUUGGUGUAUACAUAUGAACAGUGGAGUGAUAGCAAACAGCAAGGGUGCCGUGUACAGGGACGAUAUGGCUUCGAAUGUAAAUAACAGACCAGGUGUUGAGAACCAUUGUAAAACACCACACGACCGGAGUGACAUGUCGCUCAACAGAUCCUAUGAUAUGUGCCUUUCAGUUGUGCCAGCGGCUGUGUUGUACAGUCCACACCUCCAGCAGUGGAUGGAGUCUGGAUACCCCCCUGGACAUCCUACCAGGGUGAACAGUCCUUUUACUUUAGGUCAUCUAAUACCAAUGCGGGUUGUGCAAAUGUGAGUUUAAUGAGUAACAAAUAUAAACACAGAAGAACUGUAAAAAAGCAUAAUUUAAUUUUGUUAGUCAUAGUUUGCUGGCUUAGAUUCUGUAUAAUGAACAACUGUUACAAGCACUGUAUACAAAUACACAAAUAUUAUACUCCUGAAAGUGAAUCUAAUGCUGUAAUGUCUGUAAUGUCUCCUUUAAUAAUAAAUUUCUCUAAAUGCAUGUCACAGUCUCUUUAAACAGAUUGCAGAAUGCUUGCUGAUAAAUCUUAUUUUACAUUAAUGUUCGGUGAGACUUUGCAUCUCUUGUUGCUAAAUCAGUUGCGGUUAUGAAAACGUCAAUAGCAAAAUGAAUGAUUGAUGUGUUUUUUUCUAUGUAAUGACAGAUUUACGAGGGAAUAAAAUGAGGUGUUGUAUAUAG